AUGGUAUGUUAUGCGAUUAACUGCACUCGUGCUAAAUUUACCAUCAUGCUCAUGACUGUCGUGUUCUGGAGAACGUCACCUGUGGGAAUGCUUGCUCUUGUCAUCAUGUGUGGUGGAGAUGGUGUGGCGGACAUUGUCGGGCGGCGGUGUGGUUCCUGGAAGCUUCCAUGGAACGAGCAGAAGAGCUGGGCAGGCAGUGCUGCCAUGCUGCUUUGCGGAUUCUUCCUCUCCCUAGUCUAUUUAUGGUUCUUCUGUUUCCUCGGCUACUUCUCCUGCCCCAUCCCCUCCCACCCUCUCCUCCGGGUCUUCCUAAUAAGCCUCGGAGCUACAGUAGUAGAAUCUCUGCCGAUUAACGGAUACAUCGAUGACAACAUCUCUGUUCCAGUCACUGCUGUGCUUUUAAGCAAGCUGCUACUAGCGAGUGCAUAG